AUGUUGCUUCAUGGCAAAUGUCUUCCUCAAGUCUUCUUGGAAUACAAAGCUUGCUUUGGUGAUAUUUUUCAAUUUUAUGCUUCUUCAACGCGUAUGAUCGUGGUCAGCAACAUUGGCGAUGUACAACACGUUUUCACUAAUCGAAAUAUAUAUGAUCAAGGUGAUAUUUAUGUUAAACAUUUCGGUAUGGUCUUACGCGAAGGCGCCCAAUACAAACGACAUGCUUCACUCAUUGUACCAUUAUUUCGACGUGGAAAAAUUGUAUCGAAUUUUGAUUUAAUUAUUAACUGUACAGAUAAAUUGUUAGCUAAAUGGCGUGCUAGUUCUCCGGAAAAAGUACACAUUGACAUUGUUCAACAAAGUCAAAAUCUUUUACUUGAAAUUUUUGGUUUUAUUGGUUUUGACUAUGAUUUGGAGACACUUGGUGACGAUGAAAUGACAAGGAAUAAUGAGCUUACGGAAGCACUUCGACAUUUCAUGCACCUAUUUCAAAUAGUUUCAUAUUGUCCACGUUUUCUUGCCUCUAUCUACCUGAAAUUUAGUCCUCAAUAUCGACGAUUAAACAAAAUUAUUGAGCGAUAUUUAUAUAGAAUGAUAGAACAAGAACAAGAGAAAAGUCCAGAGUUAAUUGCCGAAAGAAAAAGAACAUCGUUGAUUGCUUCACUUGUUUCCUCCUUGCAAAAAGACAAGCAAAUGGAAGCAACACAAAAUGAAGACUUGAAAAAAGGUUAG